AUGGUGUUGGUGCGGGCCGUGCUGGCGAGUGGAGAGGAGGUGGAGCUAAGACUGGCGGAGAGCAGCACCUUGGCCUCGUUGCGACAACAACUGCAGGAGCAUCUGGAGGUCCCUGCUGGACUGCAGCGCCUGUUCCUGGGCUCCAAGGAGGUCAUGGCCCGCUACGACGCGGACCUCCAAACAGCGCUGGAGCUGGACGGGGCCGGCGAGGAGUCGGAGACGCUGGUGACGGUCGUGGUGCAUGAGAUGUUUGUGGAGGUGGAUCUGCCGAACUUCCGUCAGAAACUUCCCCAUCGCUUUCAACUGGAGAGACCACUCAUGAGUGGAACCGCCAAGCACUCCUUCCGCUUCCGGGACACCUUCACCGGUGAACAAGCUGAGGUGAUCUUCCACGAGCAUGGCCGAAGAAAUCCAGACGUCGUGACCACUUUGGUCAAGGAGAUCUUCUGCAUGCAACACUUGGAGCACCCAAACUUGCCGGAGCUACUGAAAGUGCCACCACUCUGUGACGAUCACUUAUGCUUGAUGAUGCGAUGCAUGGACACCAACCUACACCGAGUGCUACAGAGCCAACAGGAACUCACCGAAGAACACGUCAUGUUCUUCACAUACCAACUCCUAGAGGCCUUGUGUUUCUUGCAUUCCGCCGAUGUGGUCUACUUCGACCUGGCGCCCUGGAAGAUUGGCUUGAGCCGCACCUGCGAUCUGAGGCUACGGGAUUUUGAGGGAGCUCGGCGCGUGGGCCAACGGGACGGUCGCGCGGCUGCGGAUGGUCCCUACCAUGCACCGGAGUACUUCCGGAGUUUCGGAAGAGGCGUCCAGGCGGAGACUUCCUCUGACCUUUGGAGUGCUGGUUGCAUUCUGUACGAGAUGUAUAAACGGCAGCCGCUCUUUGCUCGCGAUCUGCCGCGGCGCGUGAAGACUCUGGAAAGCCUCUUUGGUCGCCCGGAAGGCGCGCCCUGGUCUGAUGUCACGGCAGCCGGAUCCCCCACGCCUCCAGUGGAUUGGCUCGCGUGGGUGCCAACAGCGUCGCAAGACGCAUGUGCGCUGCUUCAGCAGAUGAUUCAUUGGGAACCCUCCCAGCGCUGUAGCUGCCAGGAGGCUCUACAAAGCAGCUCCUUCAAAGAGAUUCGAGAUCCAGAGGAUGCGAUGAGGGAUGUUCGCCGCUUCCCCUUGAAUUGGGCCACCCUAGAGAAGAUCUGCAGCGAGGAGCACCGGUGCGUGGAUUUCUUGGAAGACGCUGAAUCGUGGUCCAUAGAGUCGCGCUAG